GGAUGAUAGCUGUGCGUGUAGACGUUUGUACUUACUAUUUUUAUUAAAUUUAAAUAAAACUAGGCAAAAGUGUUUACAAUAACUUCAAUCUAGAUUGAUAAGUAUAACGAUGUUCACAGUGCCCGUACGAUCAAAUAUGAUUAUAAAUAGAAAUCAGCUGUUAUUUAUAAUUUCGACUUACGUAUGUUUAGUAAUGUUAUUGUCUUAAAAUAGUGUGGUACCUAUAUAAAUUUAUUAGUGUGGUGAUGGUGAUGUAAGUAGAGCAAGUUUUUAUCAUGUGCACUGUAGUUUGAACGUAAUUAUGGCAAGAGACGGCGACUUGCCUACAAUAUUUAAUCCGAAGCGAGUGCGUACUCCGUCUGUGAUAAUAACGAGUGAAGAGGCAGUGGAAAAUGAACGCGGGAGUGGAGACGCCGACAGAGACCGCCCUAACGGUCCCCCCACGCCGCUUAGCCCUAGGGCUCCGCUUACGCCCCAAGCUUCGAUUUGUUCAGCGCCUCCCCUGACAACGCAGCCUUCACUUCAGCAGGCGUACAGUGAGUCAGCUACCAGCAGCCAGGAUGAAGAGAGGCAGUUAAGGGACAAAAAGUGCCCUAGGUCUUGUUGCUCAAGAUUUGCUAAAAAGAUUUAUUAUGGUAUUUGUGUGACAGCAAUCUUAACUGUGACAUGGGUGACUGCAACUCACUGCAUCAAACACAUGUAUCUCCAAAAUUAUCCUCUGAACAGCUACGCAAUCAUACCAAGCACUGAAGCACCUGCUGUUAUUUUCAGCAAUUAUACAACAAAAAUUUCAAGUCAUAAUCAAUACAAUGCCCCAUUCUUCACAGCCUGGUUCUGUACAAACUGGCUGAUAUUCUUCUAUCCUCUGUACCUGAUAGUGAUGCUCAUCCACAAUAAGUGCAAGACGCCAAGUGACAUUGUAUUUGAUGCUUUUAGUGACUUCAGGGAAAAAGGAUUCACAUUUGCUCGCUUCACAAGCCGCUGCGGCCUAUUCUGCCUGCUGUGGGUGGUGACUGUCUACAUGUACACCUACUCACUAAAGAUCUUGCUGUCAACAGACGUAGUGACACUAUUUGCCACUAAUGUCUACUGUGUUUACUUACUGUCUUGGGUCAUCCUACACGAGCAAUUUGUUGGAGUUAGGAUAGUGGCAGCCAUCUUGUGUGACACGGGCAUAGCGCUCCUGGCCUACAUGGAUGGCAUCACUGGCAGCUCCACUCUCGGCGGAGUGGUGCUGGCUGCGUGCGCUGCUGCGGGGUUCGCCAUUUUCAAGGUGCUGUUUAGAAAGGUAAUGGGUGAGAUGAAUUCUGGUCAGAAAGCUCUAUUCUUCUCGAUACUGGGAGUUGUGAGCGCGUCCCUCCUGUGGCCAGUCUGCUUGGCGCUUUACCUCACCGGCUCCGAGAUGAUCCCCUCACAUCGCAUGCCCUGGGUGCAUUUGCUGGUGGCUAGCGUGUCAUUACUUGUUUUUCACCUGGUAUUCCAGUUUGGAAAUAUAAUAACAUACAAUAUAUUUGUAUCGCUGGGUCUCAUAACAGCUGUUCCUGUUUCUGCAGCUUUGGAUGUGGUUUUAUAUGAUGCUCAGUUUGAGGGCAUGAAGCUGGCAGGAGUCAUAUUGAUAACCAUUGGAUUCUUCCUGGUCAUGUUUCCGGACAACUGGCCCGAUUAUAUCAUGAGGCUUUUGAGAUGGAGCCGCCGCCGGCAGCGGGGCAAUAACGGCUCGGGUCGGAAUCGUGACGCAAUGGAUUAUCGGACCGGCUACAUCCGGUCGCACCUCCGGUCGCCGUCCGGCCGCGUCAGGUGACCGCCCGAGCCGGACCAAGAGUUGCAACUUCAAGUACCUAUAAUGUGAACGCAUGACGAGAAGGUAAUUUGGAAGGAUUUUUUGAGAUCUGGAUGAGUGCAGUCAAGCGUUGUGGUCGUUUCUUGUUCGACGAUUAUUAAUGUCAAAUUGUUUUGGCGCGUUUUCAUCUAAACGAACACUUUUGGUUAUUGUAUCAAUUUAAUAUUUUAUGUUGGAUUUUGUUAUGAAUAUUGAGGUUGAAUAUAAAACACGAACAAAAAUAAUCUAUAGCAUAUAAUGCUUGAUCACAAAAAAA